AUGGCUAGUCAUAUCAUCGGCAACCGCAAUAGCACCCCAGAAGCUUCCAAAUCUUCUCUCCGGCCUCCUUCGUCGUCUCGCAAUCUAGCUACCCACCAGCUCCGAGCAUCCGCCGACAUGUCGGGGUUCCCUUCUCCUCUCUCAUCCCGCAGCAUCCGACCUGCAUCCGAGGUAUAUUUCAACCAGCAGGCGCAGACACCAAGCAAUGCGGAGGACCCAUUGGAUCGGGCGGCACAGCAGUGGCUGGCGGACAUUGAUCAGUACGAAACCACUCUGGAAGAAAUGGCGGCGGCGACGCUUGACCAGGACUUCAAGGACGAACUCAGCGCCAUCGAGCAGUGGUUCCGUGUGUUGAGUGAGGCGGAACGGACCGCUGCCCUGUAUGCUCUGCUGCAGCAGACUACUCAGGUGCAGAUCCGUUUCUUCAUUCAAGUCCUGCAGCAAAUGGCCAAAAGCCACCCUAUGUCUGGUCUGCUGUCCCCUGCAAACUUUGGCGAGAAGGACGCCAUGUCCAACCGUCUGAACGAUGCCAUGUCGAAGCUCAAUGUUGACAGCUCUCGAAACUCCUUGGGUCGCCCUCCUCCUUCCCCGGGUGCCAAGCGCAACUCUGGUCUUGACUCGUCCACCAUCAAUGCCAUGUUCCCCGAUGCGGCCGCAGCUAUUGCCAAGAAGAAGGCCGAAUUCACCCAGCAGACGGGAAAUGCGCCCCCUUCUAACCGCAACAGUGCUGUAUUCAACGAGCGGACCUCGUUUGUUGCGCCCACUAUCUCCGCACCUGACAACAGUGCAGACAACCUGGGCCAGCCACCAGUGUCACCUUGGGCUCAACGCGGCGCGUCGGAGCCCCAGCCACCGAUUGCUCGGCCCAAGUCGUCCUCUGGCCAGCAGCCUAUGGGUCAGUUCAGCCAGUCCGGCCUGCGCUCUCCUCUCCCCACAACCCAGACUGCGACUAUCCCCGCUCCCGAAAUCGAGGCUCCCUUGCUGUCUCCUUACAAUGUUGGAAAUGCCAGCUGGGCUUCCAUGACCAACACCCCGAUGACCGCAACCUUUGGCUCGCAGCUUGGGGGUCCUCACCAGGGCUCUGAUAUGGUGGCCAAUGCCACAGCGAUGAAGCUGGCUGCGCUAUCGACCGUGAACAACCGCAUCGCACUGGACGAUGCUCGUAAGUACCGCCGCGCUCGGUCGAACGACGGCCAAGCAAAGAACGCCGCCAACAGUCUUGCUGCGCACAAUAUCCCUCAGGGAGGUCUGGCUAGCCCCGGUCUCCCUGUUGCUGGGCAGCUUCUGAAUGCCCAGCAGUUUGCCGCUUUGCAAGCGCAGCAACAGGCCGCAAUGGCAGGUCACCGGUCCCGGCCCACCUCACCCGGCAUUGCUAUGCAAGGUGGUGCAUUGGGACCUAUGGGAUUCACUUCUCCGCAAAACAACGGGUUCUUGGCUGCAUAUGAUCCCAACAAUCCGCUCAUGGGCAACGGCCUGGGCGCGCUUGGCAUGGGUCAGUUUGGUCUCGGAGGUCACGAAGGCUAUCUUUCUGACCACUCCGAGGUUGCUCGAGGCCGUUCUCCUCGCGGCCGUCGCGGCAGCUCGAAGCCGCCAGAGGACCCUACCGACCCGAACCUUCUCAAGGAUAUUCCCAGCUGGCUGCGAUCCUUGCGCUUGCACAAGUACACGGAUAACUUGAAAGAUCUGAAGUGGACCGAGCUGGUUGAGCUCAGCGACAAGCAGCUCGAAGAGCGCGGUGUUAAUGCUCUCGGCGCCAGGAACAAGAUGCUCAAGGUCUUUGAACAGGUCAGAGAAGCCAAGGCCGAUGGAAAACUCGAGAAUGCUUCGGCAUGA